AUGGAUGGAUUUGGUAUAAGAUCGACCACUGCGACAAUUCAUCGCAGCUCACUCUUAGGUAGGAUAAUAUCUCAAAAUUCAAAUUUCCCAACCAACCACAAGGUCACGCAUGAAAAUGCGCUCCAACGAACAAUUUUAUUUUUUUUUUCAUUUUUCACAAUUUUCAAUUGCUAGAAACUAAUAUAGAUACUCCGCCUGAGAAUGGAAGUUUGUGAGAUUCUCAGGCUUCCCGAGAUUACAAUUUGUGAGGGAAAACCCAGGGUUUCCUUUAAAAACCACGCGGGGGUUCGCGGGAAGUACUGUAGGGUUUGCGCGUAGUGUUUGUUGUUUGCGGAAUUUUUUCAAGUCGUAUUUUUUUCUCUGAAGGAAGGGAUUUUAUGUUUCUCUGGAUUCUAAGCUUAAAUUUUGAAUUGCAAAAUUCAAAUAUCACAAUCAGCCUCAUGCAUGAAAAUGCGCUCCAACGAACAAUUUUAUUUUUUUUUUCAAAAAUAUUUUCAAAUUCCCGAACGUUCAUAUUUCUCUGCAUACCAGGCCCAGGGUGAGGCAUAUGCACGGCGCCAAUAAAAGUUUACGGAAAUUCACCCUGCCAAUUUGAGAUUUUCUUGAAAAACAGCAAAUUUUUGCUUGUUUUUCCGUUAAAAAGUGGUAUUUUUUAGUCGAAAAGGUUGUUUCCACCUAGCCAAAAAUUUUCAAAACCCACACCGCCAAUUUUCAAAGUUAAUUUGCACGAAGCUGGGCGUGGUACGUUUCUCUGGAUUCUGAAUCGCAAAAUUCAAAUUUUUCAAUCUUCCUCACGCAUGAAAAUGCGCUUCAGCGAACUUUCUUUUUUUUUCUAUUUGCACCUCCUCCCAGACUAAUAUUUAGAUACUUAAUUUUCCAUGAACACUUUGUGCAAAAUCCAUAAAAUGUGGUUGGAAGAAAAAGAAGAGUAAUAAAAUAUGUCGAAACUAUACAACUUUUUCUUCACUUCUUUUUGUGCUUCAGCUUCAGCAAUUCAAAAAUAAAUUUGUGUUGGAGAUGUGUCGAGAUAAUAUUGUGAACGACGCGCGAGGAAGAAGGAGGUGGUACCUCCCCAAAUUUAGGGGGGCCCAAUCAAAGGACAAGCAAAAAGAAAGCAAAGAAAGGGAAAGAAGGAAAAAGUAGCCGGUUAGACAACCAGACAACGUCGCCUUCUCUGCGUCUCUCACCUUGAUUAUCGGACCUUGGGUUUCGGGUGACUCCUUCUUGUUAUUUUUAUUUCAUUUUAUUGUUGUUGUUGUAUGGCGCGUGUGGUUUUCCAUCAUUUUUUCUUCAAAAUUUCAUUUUAUUUUUCAUUUAGAUACUUGUUGAACGCAAAUAUUUAUUUUCGUUUUGAAACAUUUUUUUUGGAGGGAAAACGGCCAGGUGAAUGACACAUUUUUAUAAAUCGUUUUUGACUUCAAGGUUACUCUCAUGCCCUCCUCAAACUAUUCAACUUAAUUAUCCAAUUAAGAUUGGGAGAGGCUUGUUUUUGGACGCGGGAGCCAAAUAUGCAACCCUGGCACACAUUUUUCCAGUGAAAAAUGUGUUUUUUACACGGUGAUUCCUCAUUGUCAAAUUAAAUUCUAGAUUUCCGGCGAAACCGACCUUUUUUCCACAUUCCCCCUUGAAAUUGGGAUAGUUUCUAAUUCAGGACCAUUUUACUGCACCCAAAAUAUUUUUUUUGUCGAAAAAUCGGUCGAUUUUCUCCGUUUCGUUAGUCAUUUUCGCACGGCAACUCGAAAAAUCACAAAUUUUCGUGAAAAUCCUCUAUUUCACUAAAAAUUGACAAAUCUCUAGGCUGAAAAUCAGUAAUUUUUCUCAAUUUUUGCAUAGGAAACCGGGGUUUCAGUCGAAAAAUCGCAAAAAUCGCACAAUUUUCAACCUAAAACUUGAAUCAUCCUAAUUUUAAGCCUAAAAACAUGACCAGGGGCCGUAUUCAUGAAAGUGGUGUAUCAAAAAUUAAUGAAGGAAAAAUUUGGCGUACCCAAAAAUUUUGUUCAUUAAUUUUUGGUAUACUACUUUCAGAAAUUCGCCCCCUGGUUCCUUUUGAUCCGAUUCCUAUCGAAAAUGUCACCCUGGCCCGAUUCAGAGCCCUCAAAAACCUACCCGAUUUAUAGUUGGACAUCGACUUAAUGACAUUUUCAGGUUUUUCAAGGAAUUCAGUUGAAAUAAUGGGUUCUACAUAAUGUUAUUCAUAUGAUAGAAUGGUCUAAGACGAACAGAAUGAUAUAAAUUUUGAUGACUUUACCUUAUCCAUAAGUGAUUUAGCGACGUUUAGUCGAUAUUUAGUCUAAACAUCGCUAAAUCACUUAUGGAUAAGGUAAACUCUUAAAAUUUGUAUCAUUCUGUUCGUCUUAGACCAUUCUAUCAUAUGAAUAACAUUAAAACCAAAUAUUUCAACUCACUUUCUUAAAAAACAUGAAAAUGUCAUUUAGUCGAUGUCCAACUAUACCCUGGUCCGAUUCAGAGCCCUUAAAAUCCUGUCCGAUUCAAUAAAUAACAUUUUUUUGUCCGACAAAUUAGCCGUUCUUCUCAAAAACCGAGAUAUUUUUUGUUGUAAUAAUAAAACAGAAAAUCCUUUCUUCUGCUGCUUGUUCCUUCCUUACUCAUUUCAUUUUUUGCUUACGCUCUCGCCAGGUGCAAUUCCGAACUUUUGUUAAUCCGACCCCCCCCCUUCUUCUAUUCUUUUAUCGUCUUUUUGAAUCUCGCAUUGCGAAACGAAACAAAAAAGAAAGAAAAAAGCAAGAAAUUUAAAAUGUAUGCUCAUUUUUUCUUCUUUCAGCUCUCUUCUCGUUGGUUUUUUCGGUCAGUCCAGUUUCGGUUCAACCGAAAAUGAUCGAUUUGGACACGGUGCCAGAUGAGAUUCGAGAAAAAUUGGCUGAAUUAGAAUUGGAAUUGAGUGAAGGAGAUAUUACGAAGAAGGGAUAUGACAAGAAAAGAGGAGCACUUCUAGCCGCAUUUCAGAAGUCGAAUGCUCAAUUACAAGGAUCGCAGGCGAUUGAGAAUGAGCAGAAGUCGAAGGAGGUAUCGUCGCCGAAUUCGCGAACACAUCGAAGACAGCAGAGAAGAGUGACGAGAGAUGAGGAUAGAUAUCAUUCUGGUGAGAGGAUUUUUUGUGGGUUGGAAAACUACUUUGAAAAAGGAUUUUAUGACGAAAUUUAUCUGAAGGAUUGAUUAAAUUACGUAUCAAUUAAAAUAUAAAUUUGAAGAUUUAUUGAAAUUUUGAAACGUAGAUUUUUUGGGGAAAAACAUGGAAUUUGACAGAACUAAAUUUAACAUAUUUUUGAUCGCUAAACAACCAAAAAUCUGUGAAAUUUCGAAAUUUUGAAACGUAAAAUGUUCAGUAGGUCUUCAAAAAAUUCACAUAACCUAGGUUUAUAAUGAGAAGAUGUGAAAAGUUCGGAUUUAAAAAAUUGCAACCAAAAAUUUUAAACAACUUAAUACCCAAAUGUAAUCGUGCUUAAAAGUUGUUGUAAGACCCGCCCAUUGAAAUUUUGCAAUUUAAAUGUUGUUUUCAAGGGUCUCGCAACGAUUUUGCGUUUUUUUCCAAAUUAAAUUCAAAAAAUAUCACAAAUUUCAUCAUAAAUUUGAUUUUCGAGAAAAAUUUGGAUGGUUUUGCGCCGAAAUUUCUUGAGACCCUUUGCUUGAAAACAUCCAUGUUCCUUGAAAUUUAAAAAUCUUUGAAAUUUGGGUCUCACAGCGAUUUUUCGCAAAUAAAACACAGCAAAUUUUUCACUACGCAUUUUCUCAUUGCACAAUUUCACGUGUCGCUACAGUAUUUUCGCAAAAAAAUUUCUUUUUUUGUGUUUUUUUUCACAAAAAAUGUGUUUUUGAAGCCGAAACCGAAGGAAACAUGCUCAAACUACAUUUUUAGAAGUAGUUGAUAAUUUUUCAAGUAGUAAUAGUUUUUUGAAUCAAAAGUUUAUUGUCUUUCCUGGGAAAAUCGAGAAAAAUAUGGAGAAACGUCAUUUUGAGCGGAAUUAGAAGAUUUAUAAGCAAUUUUCUGUCUUCCGGACCUCCCUCAACCCUUCUUUGCUCAAUUCUGAUAGUGAAAAAUCAACUUUUCCCUGAAAUUCGGGUUCAAAUCCUCAAAAAACGAGUAAAAACAGGAUUUUAUUAGGCUCCGCCCAGAUGUGUGUGCCGCGUGAAAAACACAUUCUGCAAUGAUUUUUUUAUUUGAGGUCACGUAGAAAAAAAUUUGCUGUGUAAAAUAGGAAUUUUUCGAAAUUUCACAAGAUUCAUGAAUCUUGUGAAAUUUCAAAAAAGCUCGCGUGGCCACCUCAUUUUCCACGUCAUUUUUGUCAAAAUUUCCCCCAUUUUCCACGUCAUUUCUCAAUUUCUAGAAAUCCGAGUCGAAGCAGUCCAUCAAGCGCUGGCCGAAUAUUCCGAUGGUCGAAAACUCGGCCCUCAAGCUCUCAAACCACAUCGACGAAACAACACGUCGGUUUCAAGAAAUGGAUCUUCUAAGCGCAAAUCUUCCAGCAACAAAAAAAGGAUAUUCAGGUAA